AUGGAUACUUCCUCACUGGCACUCAAGGGUACACAGACUACCUCAAAAUCCACCUGUGAUUAUGAGGAUUGGGAAGAUUUGAAAGACCUUUUUAGUAAAGCUGUUGAGCAAUAUGAAGGCAAUGAUGCUUCCGAUGCCCUUCCUCUCAUCCGUGGCGUCAUUCACGAAUGCCAUCGAUUUCUACUGUUUUACCAGGAUCCCUCCGUCUUGUUCUCCAUCCCACACAACAUUCCUGGACAUUCUCCAGAAGCACUGACGCCGCCUGACGAACGUCAACCUCGUGAUUGGACUGUCGAACGUUCUACUGAGCCAAUAGACAAGGCAUUUCCUAACUGGUUAGUCAAGCCCUUAUCUCUUAAAUGCGUGGAACCUCCUACCGCGUUCCAUGCUAUAUUUGGCACUGCACUGUUUCUGUUCGGAAACCUUGUCGCUCAAGAUCCCUCAGUUGCUCUCGAGGGUGAACCUGAUUCACCCUCUCAGUACUGGCUCGCUGCACUUGAUGUAUUUGAGACAGGCGAAAAUCUUCCUACGCGGACAAGUGGUAGGAGUGCAAAUCUGCCAGAAGAUUGGCGGAUGGCCAUCGUCUGGGGUCGCACCCUGGUUUGCCUUGCUGAUGACACUAUCGUUAGGUCACGGAAGGCUAUUGAUACACCUCCGGAAGCUUCCCUGAUUCCCAAACCGCCGGUUGGACCGUUUUUCGCUGAUGAACCCAACUGGCCUGCGCAAUCUCCCUUUUCUAUUAUUGUCCAACGCAGGCCUCCUGUCACUCGACGAAUGUCCCUAAUAACAUCUACUCCCAACGACAUACUCAAGCUCGCUAUGGAUCAAUUUUCUCGAGGUAUCUUUCAUAUGCCUCAUCCGUCACAUGCCGUUCCGCCCUCGGGAAAACCACUAUCGUCAGGUGCUGCGCCUGCUUUAGAUUCAUUUUCACGAGCAAAGGAACUCUUCACAAUUGGGUCCGAGGCGUUGCUUGUUGCAGAAAAACUCGAAAAUCCUUCCGAGCGGAAGUAUUGGGCAUCGUGGUCUGACUCUGUUUUCAACCAAAUGAAAAUGGAAGCCGAUGUCGAUGCUUGGCGAGGCCCGAUCAACCGAGCCCGAGGUCAGUGUUGUUUGAUCGUUGGGACAGCGCAAGCAGAGGAAUUUGAAGAAGCUCUCGAAAAUGGUGACGAGAGUGUGCUACGGUCCGAGGAUGCAGACGAAGCUAGAGAAGCCCUUAUGGAUGCUAUCUCGUUUCUAGAGAAAGCCAAAUCCGCUGCCACUUCCACGGAUAUGGACCAGGAUGAUGAUGAACUACAGCACUUUCUUGAAGAGGCCCUUCUAACGCUGGCCAAUCUGACCCUCGACGAAAAAAAGCGGGAGGAUUUGUACCUCCGUGCACAAAAGGAAAGUGGCGGCGCAAUCGAUCUCAGCGACGAGAUGGACGAGUCUUAA